AUGGUGGAACUGGUCGCACAGUGUCCGAAAACAACAGUGGACGAUCUGGAUCUGCUAGGCCCACACUUCAUUCGGACAAUCACAAACUGGAACCAUAUAGGCGCUCUUUACCAGCCUGCAGAGCGGAUAGAUACACUAAUAGCGCGUCAGUGCGCUGCUCGGCCGGACUCGGUGGCCAUGAUAGGACCUGAAGGGUCUAUCACCUAUGGGGAAGUUUAUCGACGGGCAGAAUCUGUCCGAAGAGCGCUUCAACGACUUGGGGUCGGCGCUGGUGACGCGGUGCCCCUUUGCUUCGAAAAGUCUAUUUGGACCGGAAUCGCGAUGCUGGGCGUCCUAAGAGCGGGCGCUGCUUUUGUCUUGAUAGAUCCUUCCCACCCUUUUGCGCGGCUGGAAGAUAUGUGUCGGGAUAUUCAGCCAAAGGUCGUCGUCACCUCCGCGCUUCAAUGUUCUCUGGCGAAGAGACUGGGGGCUCCCUUACUGGUUCUCCCUAUCAGCCUGGAGCCUACAUCGCUGCCUCAUGCGAAUGGCACCAUUAUAGAACCCGAAACAGCUCCGCAUGAUCCAGCCUAUAUCGCGUACACAUCUGGCUCAACGGGACGCCCGAAGGGGAUAAUUGUCGAACACGCCGCCUUUUGCGCGAACGCAAUCAUGAGCAGCAGAUUCCAGGGUCUGGAUAUGCAGUCCCGCGUCCUGCAAUUUGCCUCCUACGCCUUUGACAUCAGUAUCCAGGAAUUGCUCACGACCCUGAUUGUUGGGGGCUGCGUAUGCAUUCCGUCGGAGGAGCAGCGUCUCGGCAACAUUGCUGAUAUUAUCAAUCAACUCGAUGUCAACUGGGUAGAAUUGACGCCCUCCGUUGCGCGGUUAUUACCCCGGGACCGAUGUCCAUCGAUUCAAACGCUCGUUCUGGGAGGCGAGCCCAUGACACCCUCGGAUAUCGAGUACUGGUCUGAGCACGUCCACCUAGUCAAUGCGUAUGGGCCGGCAGAAUGCAGCGUCGUUACAACGAUUCAGGCAGAGGUACGCGCCUCAGAUCCGACGAACAUAGGGAGGAGUUAUAGUGGGACGUGCUGGGUUGUGAACCCGGAAAACUACCACCAACUCGCGCCUAUCGGGGCCAUCGGAGAGCUCCUGGUGGGCGGGCCUAUUGUGGGACGGGGUUACUUGAAUCGGCCAGCAGAGAAGCGGUUCGUGACGAGUCCACGCUGGGCCUCAGCCUUCAACGUAGGCGGCGACCAAAGAUUCUAUCUGACCGGUGACAUGGUGCAGUACGGGCCAGACGGCUCACUGCGGUAUAUCGGACGGCGAGAUACGGAGGUGAAGAUUUCUGGGCAGAGGAUCGACCUCAGGGAGAUUGAAUGCCAGGUCAGCGCCAUCCAAGCCGGAUUGCCCACGGUUGCGGACGUCCUCGGCGUUUCUGCGGGUGAUGACCAUGCUGCACAGUCGAUUGCGCUGUAUCUCGCAGAGCCAGGAACGACCAACUACUCGGACUCUUCGUCGUCUGCACAACUAGACCCUGACAACACGAAUCUUGUGCAGCUGGGGCUGGAGAUUCGCGCCGGGCUCCAGAGAGCUCUGCCCUCCUACAUGAUCCCCUCGUUUUACAUCCCGAUCACGAAGAUCCCCUUAUCGCCCACAGGUAAGCUGGACCGGCGAAUGCUAAAGGUAUUGGGCGAGUCUUACAUCCAAUUCACAAUCGACCAGGCAACUAGCUUCUCCGAGCUUCUGCCCGGUGGUCAGCAGAACAGUGGCGAGAUCGUUUUCCAGGGACUCUUCGCCGAACUACUCGGACGCCCAGCAAAGACAAUUAAAACCGACGAGAGCUUCUUUCACCUGGGUGGAUCAUCGGUCACGGCGAUUAAGCUCGCGUCCAAGGCUCGGGAGAUUGGAAUUUCCAUCACCGCCGGUGAUGUCUUUACGCUUCAGACUUGCGCGGCGCUGGGUGAGCUGGCAUUGAUGACACCGACCAUUCCAUCAACACGCGCUAUCACACCUGCCUCAUCCAGCAGUGGUGAGGGCGAGGAUACGCUUAUCCCUAUGCUGGGUUCCUUAAAGCUUGAUUGUGACGUACCGCCAGACAUCAUCGAGGAGAUCCUUCCUUGUACACCGAUGCAAGAAGCGCUCAUCGCCCUCGCGUUACAGCAAAGCAACUCUAUGGCAGGCCGCUUCGUGUUCAAGAUCUCGCCGUCGGUGCCUCUCGAGCGAUUUCAGCAAGCAUGGGAGAUGGUUGUACGGGCCAACCCCAUUUUGCGAACCAGGAUAGUGGAAGACCAAUGUGGAAGGCUUCGCCAGAUCGUCUCGAACGAAACCAUCCAUUGGGUAGUCGAAACAGAUCUUAGCAAGGUUGAAGAAAAGUUAAACGCCAAUCGAGAUCCAAUAAGGAAGCCAUUGGCGCAAUUUGCCCUCAUCACUCAACAGUCAUCACCGAUGCUUGUUCUCGACAUGCACCACGCAAUCUUCGACGGAUGGAGCUUCCUGCAACUCCUCGAGGACGUGAACAAGGCAUAUGCUGGGAACCAGUUGCCCCCCGCCCCGUCAUUCGAUUCAUUCAUCCAGUACAUUUCAAGCGUGGACUUGGAUGUAGCCUCUACGUUUUGGACAUCGACGUUCAAGGACCUCAGAGCCAGCCCAUAUCCCUCAAUGCCAGAAGGCAGCCGGGCCUCAGGUUCGUUCCGUCACGCGUCUCGUCGGAUCGCCCUGCCCGCGCAGGCCACUGGUCAUUAUAUGCACCACAGAGUCCCCUCCAUGCUAAAGCUAGCCUGGGCACUUGUCGUGUCCGCGCAAACAAGCUGUACUGACGUCGUCAUUGGCGUGGUGGAGAGCGGCCGCCACGCGCCUGUUCGGGGGAUUGACCGAAUUACUGGACCAACCAUUGCGACGUUGCCGCUGCGAGUUGACCUCCAACUGGACAUGUCCAUUGAUGGAAUGUUAGGCGCCAUCGCGGCCCAGUCGAUCGCCUCGGUGCCCUAUCAGCACAUCGGUAUGCAGCGGAUUCGCACGUUUAGUCCCGAAGCGGCGCUGGCCUGCAACUUUCAGAACCUUUUAAUCAUUCAACCGCAGUCUAUGGCCAUUGAGUCGGAGCUUAUGCAGAGCGUGUCGAGUAAUCAUGAGGAGAUUCGCAACUUCUGCUCCCAUGCGUUGACCAUCAUUGCAGAGCCAGACCAGCACGGCUCCAUCAACCUCGUUGCGUUCUUUGAUGCCGCAGUUCUCUCCUUGCAACAGGCCAACAGCCUUUUAGAUCACCUGGAGUCCAUACUAGAUGUUGUGUCUCGGCACCCCGAGAACAAAGUCGGUCAAAUCCAGUUAUGUACAGACAGCGAGCGCGCGGAGAUCGAGCAGUGGAACCAACAAGCCUGUUUUACCGGCGAACCUAAAUGUGCGGUCCAUACAAUCCUCGAUAACUGCAGGCUGCAGCCGCGGGCGCAGGCCGUACGCUCGUGGGACGGAGGCUUUACGUAUGGAGAGCUCCUGACACACGCCUGCUCGCUUACGCUGCGCCUCCAGGGGUAUGGGGUCGGUACAGAGACCAUCAUACCCAUUUGCAUGGAGCGAUCGAAGUGGCAGUCUGUUGCUGCUGUCGCCGUAAUGAUGGCAGGAGGGGCUUUUGCUAUGCUUGAGCCUACCUUUCCUGUCGAGAGGCUGAGGAAUAUUUGCGAUCAGAUCCACCCUCCCUUAAUUUUGACGACAGCGGAACAAAGUGAUCUGUGCGGAAGACUUGUGGAGAGAGUUAUCGAUCUGAGUCAAACACAAGCCUGUAUGGUGGGAGAAACCAGUUAUCACGCACACAAUCCCAUCAUCGCCCCUUCCCACGCGAUGUACGUGGCUUUCACAUCCGGGUCAACAGGGGCACCUAAGGGCGUAAUUAUAGAGCACGGGAUGUUCCACGCCUCCUUCCAGGGUUACAGCACGAGGAUGUCUCUGACUCAGCACUCGCGCGUCCUAUUCUUUGCGUCGCCUGCCUUCGAUAUCUCCGUCAUGGAACUCCUAUACCCUCUCGUGGUUGGGGGCUGUGUCUGUAUCCCCUCCGAGACAGAGCGUAUAUCCGACCUUGCCGGCGUCAUCAAUCGCCUAGAGGUGGAUACUCUUAUCCUGACGCCGUCCGUUAUCCGCCUGCUGUCGCCAACCGACAUAACCGGUGUCCGCACAGUCCUCCUCCUGGGCGAGUCAAUGUCCGCGUCUGAUGUCAAGACAUGGUCGAGCGCCGUUCGGCUCAUCUGUGGGUACGGGCCUGCGGAGUGCACAUUGCUCAGCACGAUUACAGAUCAUCUCAAGCCAUCUGCCAAUCCGUUCGAUAUUGGCAAGCCCGUCGCGGGUACGUGUUGGGUUGUUAGCCCCGAAAACCACAACCAGCUCAUGCCGCUUGGUGCCGUCGGGGAGUUGGUUAUUGGAGGGCCGAUUGUGGGCAGAGGAUACCUAAAUCGACCUGAAGAGACAGACUCCGUGUUCAUUCAAGACCUCCUGUGGUCCGUCGGUGGACAUGUUCGUGGAGGUGGCCGAACCUCUGCCAGCAGCGCGGGACAACGGUUCUAUAAAUCCGGAGAUCUCGUUCGAUACGUGAAGGGUGGCCAUACCCUUGAGUACCUUGGACGUAAGGACAUGCAAGUGAAGCUGCAAGGGCAGCGCAUUGAGCUCGCCGAGAUCGAGUAUCAGGCGGAGAAGGCGAUUGACCGGGUCAUGGCGAUUGCCGAUGUGGUAAAGACGCAGGGUCUGGGUGGACCCAAGCUGCUUCUGUUCAUUUAUUGCAAGGCAAGGCCGGCUGCAGAUUACCACACCAACGGAACAGGCGAAGAUGACGAUUUGUUUCUCCCUAGUUCGCCGGAGAGCAAUGCGACCAAUGCUGCUCUACGAGACCACCUCCUCCGUGCCCUACCGCGGUACAUGAUCCCCCACGCAAUUAUCCCCUUGGGCUUCGUGCCACUUUCACCAAGCGGAAAGGCAAACCGCAAGCUGCUGCGCAGCAAAGCGUCCAAGCUGGGGAGGGACUACCUCGAGUCACUGGGGGGUAAGAAAUGCGAAGAGAAGCGGAUGCCUGCAACCGAUGCAGAGCGACUCCUCUGCAACGUUUUCGCGGACACCCUCGGGCUGGACCCUGGCUUGGUGAGCCUAGACGACAGGUUCUUCUCGCUUGGAGGCGACUCUGUCUCCGCGAUGCAGCUUCUUGCGGGGCUGAGAAAACAGGGCUUCUUUAUAGGGAUGGCGGACUUCCUGGAGAGGGACACUCCCGCACUAGUACUGAAGAAAGCUCUAGAAGGACCGAAGGGGUCGGCAAAGACUUCCCAGAGGGAGGAUUUAGAGAUCAAGACCGCAAUUGUCGAGAACCUGCCCCUGAUACAGCGUCUAGCAUCCUCGUGGUUCGGGGGAAAGGGGUAUGACAGGGUAGAGGAUGUCUAUCCCUGCUCAAAUGCCCACGAGGGACUUAUCCAGGGCCAAACGGGGCGAGCUGCGGACCACAAACUUUGUCUCCUUUUGGAGGUAAAGAAUACGUCCGGACGCAGACUUGAUCCUUAUAGCGUGGCCAGUGCAUGGCGUCAGCUCGUAUGCCGCCACUCAGUCCUGAGAAGCACCGUUGUCGAGUUGCCACAGCCACACAGCGAAUCGCCCAGUUACAUGUUCGUAGUCAUCAAGCAGCCGGAGCAAUCCAUCCCAGUUUGUCAACUCAGUCAUAGCGACGAUCAUCUACAAGAUUCAACAUUGUGCCUCGACAGUGUGGUUUCGAGGCUGCGAGGUUUAAGGUCUCCACAGCAAGACAGUCAAUUCCCGGCAAAUGUCUCAUUCGCCGUUCUUGCUACCCAUGACGGCCGUGUAUUCUGCAAGAUCGAGGCGAGGCAAUGUCUUCUAGAUGCGACUUCCAUCUCUCAGCUGCUGAAAGAGCUCGCGUUGGCUGUUGAGGGGGAUUUACCGGCUGGUGCUGGCCCACAGUACGGCCAGUAUAUAUCCUAUCUGAGAGACCAACAACAGCAAGACGGGCUUUGGCAGUACUGGAAGCCAGCUAUGGCUCGAGCGCGUCCUUGCGUUCUUGAGAGCAUGCUCACCAGCGACUCAACCGCAAAACAUCGACAGCUCCGGCUUCUCCAGAAAGAGCUCCCAGACCCGGAGUCUCUGCACAGGUACUGCUCGGCGCACGAGUUAACCCUAACAAACAUCUUCCAGGUAGCCUGGGGAAUGGUACUGAGGGAAUACACGAGUUCUGACUCCGUCUGCUUCGGGGCCCUACUCUCGGGCCGCGAUAUCCCCUUGCUACAUAGCCUCGAAGUUAUCGGCCCGCUUUUCAAUCUCGUUCCAUGCCUUCUUGACUUUAAACCACCCGGGUCGGGAUCUAUGUCUGAUGUUCUUCGGGCGAACCAAACGGAGAUGAAACAACGUGUGAAAUACCAACACUGCUCACUACUGGAUAUUCUUCCUCCUCUGCAAUCUAGUGCCAACAGCGGCAAUGCCCGAGACCCCUUUUUCAAUACCUGUCUUUCCGUGCACGCGGCGUUUUCGGAGCAGAUACCACCCGCGACAACGUCUAACAGCGGACGCAAGGUGACCAUUGAGACUAUCUUUGAGGAUGAUCCAAGCGAGUACGACGUAUAUAUAGCUGUACUCCUCUCGUCUCAAGGCUGCGAGGUCAAUAUCCGAACCUGGGAUUCAUUCUGUACGGAGGAUCAGGCAAUGGAGAUACUUGACUUGUUUAUUGUUUCAGUGGCGAGGUUGGUGUCUGUUCCAUGA